CUGGGUUCGAAUGGCCACUGAAAGUGAAUCUGUUGGUGGUGCUUCGGCCACCACUGAAGAAGGCGAAAGCAGUAGUGGCAGAGGACAGAUCGGUAAUGGCGGAAGCUAUUAUAAGCACUCUAUUAACGGAACCGUCUUCGUGCUCCCGAGCAAGUAUUCUGCUCCUCUUCGACACCUCGGAAGAGGCGCUUAUGGCUUUGUCUGUUCUGCAGUUAAUUCAGAGACCAAAGAGAAAGUUGCAAUUAAGAAGAUAAGCAACGCAUUCAACAACAGGAUAGAUGCCAAGAAGACCUUGAGAGAGAUCAAGCUUCUUGUUCAUAUGGACCAUGAAAACGUCAUCGCCAUCAAAGACGUUGUCCGACCACGUCACAAAGAGGCGUUCGAGGAUGUCUACAUAGUUUACGAGCGGAUGGAUGUCGAUCUAAGUAGGAUUAUUCACUCCAAACACCCUCUGACCGAAAACCAUUUUCAGUACUUAUUGUAUCAGAUUUUACGGGGACUGAAGUACAUCCAUUCGGGAGACAUCUUGCACCUUGACCUUAAACCGAGCAAUCUGCUCGUGAACUCGGACUGCCUCCUGAAAAUUGCAGACUUUGGAUUGGCGAGGACAGUGUCCGAGACAGAGUUCAUGUCGGAGUUUGUUGUGACGCAAUGGUACCGAGCACCGGAGCUGAUGCUUAGCUUUUCCGAUUUCACAACGGCGAUCGAUGUCUGGUCCGUGGGUUGCAUAUUUGCUGAAAUGGUGACAAGGGCUCCUCUGUUCCCCGCGAAAGAUUACUCCGAUCAGCUUCCUAUUAUCUUCGAGUUGAUAGGAUCGCCAGAUGAAGAGAGCACUGGUUUCCUAAGAUGCGAGAGAGCCAGGAGACAUGCUCUAGGCCUAAACCGGCGGCCGAGACAGAACUUUUCGGAUAAAUUUCCAAAUAUGAAACCUGAAGCGGUCGAUCUUCUGGAGAAAAUGCUCGUGUUUGAUCCGAGAAAACGCAUCACUGUUCAAGAAGCACUUUGCCAUCCGUACAUCUCCCACCUCCAUGACGACACGGACGAACCUGUCUGCUCUCAGCCUCUGACUUUCGGUUUCGAAAACCAGUUUUUGUCUGAAGAAGAACUCAAGGAGCUUGUUUGGAGAGAAUCUGUGAGGUUCAACCCUGACCCCGCAUCAUGA